AUGGAUUACAUUAUUGGCAAUAAAAACAAAGAGCUCCCAACUUUCACUCCCCCUCUUUAAAGUGGAACAUAAAUGUUGUUUCAAUUUAAAGCGAGGCUAAUUUUUUUAAAAAAAUAAAUAGAAUUUUAUUUUAUUUUUAUCAAUAAUUAAUUAAAACAAUUGAUAGAUGCAGCGUGAAAGAUGUUUAAAUAAUAUUCUACAUGCACUUUCUCAAUUAAAUUAGGUCAAAAUUAAUUUUUAUAAAAAAUUAUCAUUUUUAUCUCUAUAAAAUUUUCCUAUUAAAAAAAAUUGUUUCAAUUUAAAGGGUUUAAAAGUACAAGAAGGAAAUUUUAACUAUAUUUAGUUCGGAUUUUAACGGGGAAGGCAGAAAAAGUCCAUAUUCAAUCAAGUGUAUAGAAAAGCAAAGUAUUGUAAGGAAAAAGUCCAUAUCUCCUAAUUUUUAUUUACCCCACAAAACUUCUAGAGCCCCAUUUCUUCCUAUACUAAAGAGCUCCCACGAAAAAUCUUCGUUAUAUUCAGAAAUUAAAGAAUCAAUAAAGCCACAAAAUAAAUCAUUUCACAUAGCAAGAGCUCUUUCCCAUUCGCCUUAUUUCGAAUCUUUUAAACGAAGAUCAUCCAGAUCAUCUAGAACAACUCCUUUUUCUGAACAAAAAUUAGAUUAUAUGGAUUCAAUGAGAGCAAUCCCACCUCUACCAAAAACAGCUGCAACAAGCCAGAUUACUACAGCACUGUAA